UCCAUCUUGUUAUUUAUGUGUGUUUGAAGGUUGGAGGUCGGUAAUUCUGAACUGAGAUGCCAAUAGGCAAUGUGCGUAACGUAAACUGUAUCGAUGUGUGCGUUCAAUGCAGCUCGUAACUCUUGAGUAGUACAUAUCAGUAGUACUUUCGUAUUACAAGCUACUACUUCGCCGUAGGGUAUACCGUGCGAGAAUCUUGGUUCUACUUUUGGUUCCGAUAGCAUGAGCUAUGAGCCUCUUCAGCCCAAGGCCACACGAUAUGGCCGUACCCCUUUUUUCACGAAGUCGGCACAACAGUUCCGAAUUUGUGGAUGUGGACUCUAUCAAGCUCACAAACUAUGCAGAUACUGUGCAACACCUUGAUAAGUUUUAUGGCCAAGUGAAACGACAGCUACUUAACUUCCAAAGCCCAACCACAGGCCUCUUUCCAUGCUUAUCAAGAGACAAGGACAAUGGAUAUGUGCGAGACAGCAUUUACUGUGCAGUGGCUGUUUGGAGUCUUUACCAGUCAUACAAGAGGAUUGAUGAUGACAGGGGCAAGUCGUAUGAGCUUGGGCAGAGCGUGGUGAAAUGUAUGCGGGGGAUCUUGUUCUGUUGGAUGCGCCAGGCUAAAGACAAGAUGGAGAAAUUCAAGAUGGAACAGGGUCCGCAGCAUGCUCUUCACUCAAUUUUUAACUUAAAGACCGGGAUGACCGUUGUUCCAGAGAGUGAGUACGGGCACCUGCAGAUUGAUGUUGUUUCACUUUAUCUACUGUAUCUCGUGCAAAUGAUCACGUCAGGACUGCAGAUCAUUUAUACAAUGGAUGAGGUGAACUUCAUCCAAAAUCUUGUGUACUAUGUUGAACGUGCGUAUCGAACUCCAGACUUCGGGAUAUGGGAACGGGGAAGCAAGUAUAAUAAUGGAACACCUGAAAUUCAUGCUAGCUCCAUUGGCAUGGCAAAGUCUGCCUUGGAAGCCAUCAAUGGAUGCAACCUCUUUGGAGACAAAGGAGCAUCCUGGUCUGUUAUCUACGUAGAUGUUGAUGCUCAUAAUCGUAACCGCAGCAUUUUUGAGACGCUUCUUCCCAGGGAGUCCAGCUCCAAGAAUGUUGACACAGGCCUCUUGCUUGCAGUCAGCUUCCCCUGCUUUGCAACACAUGAUGAGUAUUUGUAUGAGCGUACUAAGGAUAAAAUAAUACGUAAACUUGAGCAUAGCACCUAUGGAAUCAAACGCUUUAUGAGGGAUGGUUAUGGCACUGUGCUUGAAGAUCGAAGUCGUAAACACUACAAUCCUGGUGAAACAAAGGUUUUUGAAAAUGUUGAAUCAGAGUGGCCUAUGUUUUUUGUUAUAAUGAUCCUUGAUGGCAUUUUCAAAGGCUUGGAUGCGCAAGUGAAUAAAUAUAAGGAGCUCCUUUCACAUCGACUGAAGAGAGACAAACAUGGGGAUCAUAGUGACUCAUCAAAAGACAAGGAUUCGGGAGAUUAUAUACUACCAAAGUACUACUACAUACCAAGGGAGUGUCUUGAUGCUGAGCGAGUGAAUCUAGGAUCACAGCCACGUAUUCCAAGCAUAGAAGGAGAUGUUGACAACAUAUUUAUGAUGGGGCAAGCCUUUUACAUCAUUUCACAGCUUUUGCUGCAAGGGUUGCUGCAUAUAUCUGAGCUUGACCCAAUACGUCGUUACCUGCCUUCCUAUAACCGUCCACGAAGGACUGAUAGAUAUUCAGCAUUUCAGGGCAAAGCAGUUUGUGCUGCAACUGAUCUUGUUGUCCAAGUGGUCUUGAUCGCUGAGAGUAUGCGACUGCAAGCUAUGCUGGCUACCUACGGAAUCCAGACUCAGACACCACACGAAGUUGAGCCCGUACAAAUUUGGUCUCCGAAGCAGCUCAUGAAGGUGUACGAGUUCCUAGGUGUAAACCGAAAACUUGGUCUGCGAGGUAGACCCCAGCGCCCUAUUGGCGCUUUAGGAACAAGCAAGUUGUACAGAAUUUGUGGACAAACUGUUAUGUGCUAUCCACUCUUAUUUGAAGUGAGUGACUUCUACUUGUCCCAUGAUAUGGCACUCCUCAUUGAUGAUAUCAAGAAUGAGCUAAUGUUUGUCGGCAAGUACUGGAGAAUGUCUGGACGCCCUACAAUGGCCAUUCUCAUUCGAGAAGACAAUAUGAGGGACGCUCAUUUCAAGGAAUUGCUAGAUCUUCUAGCCAUGCUGAAAAAGGGGCACUGUGACGGACUGAAAGUGAGAAUGGGCAGGCUUCAGAAUCUGAUCUCUUCAUCAUGCAUUGAGCACCUGGAUUUCCUCCACUUGCUUCCUCAUGAGGCCUUGCCUAGGUUUGAAGCUCUCCAGCAGCUGGAACACCCAACAACAGGUUACCAGAGCCUGACAGAAGUGCCUAAAGCUAUUGCAUACAGUGAACCAUCCUAUGACUACUCUCCCUUUCAGGCAAAGUCAAACAAUGAGAUCAUCGAGACACUGAAGCAUGUAGACACCUUGCAUGGUCAAAGUCAACUCCUUGGUAUAUUGUGGUCAAGGGUGAACCCAAACAUGUUGAUAGAAGGAGUCAUGCUGAAAGAUAGGUUAGAAAAAUUGACAAGACAGGCCGGAGCACUGCGUCACUGGUCUGUUGUUCGUUACUGCUCAAGUAUUUUGGGAAAAGUGGUGGACAGCCUGAGCCCAUAUAUUACAGCAAUCUUGGUCAAUGGCAAACAGAUCACAGUGGGUGUGUUUGGCAAAGAAGAAGCGGUCCUAGAUAAGCCACUGACACCAAAGGAGAUAAAAAGUAUUAUAUAUAACCAGUGCAAAGACCAUGUUUACGACGCGGUGCUGCUUCAGGAGGUGAUUGUCUACAUUGGACGCUUGAUCUCCACCACUCCCAAGCUGUUUAACGGUAUCCUAAAGAUACGCACCGGGUCAAUUAUUCAUGCAAUGAACUUGUACUUGAAGUUCACAGAUAACAACCCACCACCUCUUGAAAGCCUCUCACCAAAUGAACUUCGAAAGGUGGUUCAUAGUGUAUUUACGCUGCGAGAUGACCCUCACAUUGUCAUGUCCCAGUACCGCCGUAGGCAGAUUGAAGGAGCAUUGUGUCGGGUGCCAAAAGAUUUCUUUGACCGGGUGUGGGACGUCAUGACACGCAUGCCUGGUGGCAUUGUUGUCAUGGGACAUCAUUUGCCACAGCAACCUACUCUGAGUGACCUGACAAUCUAUGACCUCAACUUUGCAUUACAAGUGGAAAAGCUGCUCAGUCACAUUGUCCUUCCAGAAUACAGACAUGUCAUGGUUGAACUCCUUAUGGUCAUCGAUGUCAUACUAAGGCGGAAUCCAGAAUUCUCAUUUCUUGAUAAGGUGGACCUGGAUUCUGUAAUACAAGAUGCCAUACAAGUUUUCAAGGCAGAACGAGAACUUCCAAAGUCUGAUUCAAAGGACAUGACAGCAUUUUUUAGUGCUCCUUCUUCUGUAACUUCAUGUUACCUCUCUCGAGCAAUCAUGACACGACUGCUGGUAUCGGGCACUGAAAAUGUUGAUAUCGAUGAGUGCAACAUCUCCUAAUCCCCAUUGGACAUUAAAGGUCUUAGGAACAAUUUUUA